AUGGCUACGCACGAGAAGCCUGGUCCUCGGACGACCUCCGCCGAGGAUGACAUUACUCCUGCCCCAGCACCGCAGAGCAAUGUCGACUUUCGCAGCGUCGAUCCGGAAAAGGCGCACAAUCUGCAGCAGAAAGGUGUGAGUCGCGUCGAGGCGUUUUCGCGCCUCUUCCACCGCAGUCACCCUGUGGCGAUUACCAUGUAUGUUUGCAUUCUCGCCGUCUCCGUCUCCUUCUGUCUGGACCAGUCCACGACCUCUGCGUACGAUGUCUAUGCCACUGCAGCGUUCAACCGACAGUCGUACAUUGGAACCAUUGACAUCGCCGAGGGAAUUAUUGUUGCAGUCUCCAAGCCCUUUAUCGCAAAGCUGUGCGAUGUCUUCUCUCGACAGACUGCGUACAUUUUCAUUCUGACCUCCUACGUCCUCGGCUACAUCAUCGUGGCGUCCGCGCCCACGGCACCUGCUCUCUGUGUCGGACGAGUCAUCGCCGCCACCGGUCAAGCCGGAUUGGAUCUAACAACCGAUAUCAUCGUCGGUGAUCUCACCCCCCUGGAGUGGCGUGGGUUCGCCAGCGCAAUGACCUCCUUCCCCUACCUCUUCCUCCCCUUUGUCGGCUCCAAGAUCCAGUCCAGCCUCUGCUCCGACGACACCGACACCUGCUGGCGCUGGGGAUUUGGCAUGUUCUGCAUCAUCGCGCCCGUCCUCGUCAGCCCCAUCAUCGCCACCCUCUACUACGCAGACUACAAAGCCAAGCAGGCCGGCGAGCUCUCCUUUGCCGCCAGCCGCCUCGAAGUCCGUGAAGCGACCGAGAACAACACGAUGAACAUCCAACGAGCAUCCCUCGGCAAACGCUUCACCACUUUCGGCGACCUCCUUACCGAAAUCGACAUCAUCGGCCUCCUCCUCCUCGCCCUGGGGUUCGCCCUCAUCCUCCUCCCCUUCUCCCUCGCCCGCGACGCCGACGGCGGCUGGUCAAACCCCUCCAUGAUCGCCAUGAUCACAGUCGGCUUCGUCGUGCUUAUCAUGUUCCUCUCCUGGGAAAUCUUCUUCUCGCAGUACCCGAUCCUCAACCGCCGCGUGUGGCACAACAAGACCUUCAUCUGCGCAGUCAUCAUCGACAUCUUCUACAUGGUCUCCGGCAACGUCCGCUCGAUUUACUACAGUACCUGGGUCCUCGUCAUCAAGGACUGGAGCACAUACAAAUGGGGGAAUUUCACAAACAUCUCGACCGUCUGUCUUACCGGGUUCGGGCUGCUGGCUGGUCUCUACCACCGCUACUUCCACCGCUACAAGAGUCUCCAGAUCUUUGGCCUGAGCCUGCGUAUCCUCGCCCUGGGACUGACAUACUGGGCCGUCGGCCCCAACGCCACAACCACCGCCCUGAUCUUCACGCAGAUCCUCAACUCGGCUGGCGGCGCGUGCUCCGUCGUCGGAACCCGCGUCGCAUCUCAGGCCUCUGUCCCGCACCAGGACCUCGCAGCCAUCAUCGCGCAGCUCUCCCUCUGGACGAAACUCGGUUCAUCGGUCGGCUCCGCCAUUGCAUCGAGCAUGUACACGAGCACAUACAGAACCAACCUGCUGAACCAGGGCCUGUCCGCCGAAGACACGGCAAUCUUCUACGGGAGCUCCACCACCGCACGCAAUACAUUCGGAUGGGGAAGCUCGGAGCGCGAGCAGGGCAUUCGCGCGUUCACAAAUACGGUGCGCCCCAUGUUCCUCACUGGAUUGUGUCUAGCGGUCAUUCCGCUGUUUGCGGGGUUGAUGAUGCCGAAUUAUUAUCUUGGCAAGGCGCAGAAUGUUGUUGAUGGGACGUCGAACGGGGGCGUUGUUGUUGAGGAGGCGCAGGUUGGGAGGGGUGCGGAGGUCGGGCGUGAGAGCGAGGGGGAGAAGAAGUGGUAUCAGAAGGUGUGGGCCGGGGUGAAGAAUUAG